AAGCCAGAUCCAUUAGUUUUCAUUUCCAUUGAUUCAAGCUUGGCUGUAACCGCCACGUUGGUAGGUGUUACAGAACCGCAACCAACACCUGUCUCCGAUGCUCCACUCACUGCAACAGUGGAAGAAGAAGACGGAGGAAUAUUAUUGCUAGCUUAAAGAAGACUAGUAUUGAGGAAUGGAAACCAAAAACGAAGGAAAUGCAAUUCGAAUUGGAAUUGAGAAUCCAUUUACUUUCAAAGUUGGUCAAGUAUUUACUGGUUUUGGAAUCGGUUGUGGCGUCGGAAUCGGCGUUGGACGCCCUUUAAAUUUAGCUGCAAUACCUAUGUUGAAUCAAGUAAUGAGUGCUACUAGGGGUGCAACUGAUGCAUUUUCUGGUGUUACCAGGCAUGUAAAUACUUCUUUGAGGAAGUUUGGAGCUAAAAAUAUUGAAGUGGGUGUUGGAUGUGGAGUUGGUUUUGGUCAUGGUUUUGGAGCUGGACUUGCUGUAAAACCUGGAGUGUUGAAUCAAAUUCAAUCUUGCCUUGUAAUAACAAUGACCAAGGUGAUGAUGAAGUUUGGACUUACUCCCAGUUUACCAUUUAGUCCGGGUGCAUUUCCCUCAUCCUUACAAAGUGUCACAAGCACAGUCAGUACAGGAAGCAUGAUGCCGUUAGUAACUAAAUCGGCUGAUCAAUUAUCUCAAGGUCUAGCAGGAUCUCAAGCAAUGAACAUUGGUUUGGCUUUUGAUAAAACUGCAAUAAAAGACACUGCAGUUGACACUACAUAUGGCAGCCGAACUGAGAAGGUUCUUAACAACUUUUUGCAAAAUCCACUGUUGAAGGGAGAAGGAGGAGCUUCCGGUGAAGCGGCUGGACGCAUGAUCACAGAGAACAAAAUACUUCAGAUGGUUUUGAAACACCAGCAAAUGAUAGAAGAACUCGUGGAGGAAAAUGAGAAGCUUAGGCAGAUACUAGUGGAAGAGCUGAAAGUACCAUCGAGCAAACUUGAAUCGGGUUCUUCAGAUCGUUACAACCGGUGUCUGAAAGGAGAGAAUGAUAGUCGAAAAGCUAAAAACCAAUAGAAAAAUCUUUCGAUAUGAUGGGGAAUUUUCAUGCCUAAUUAUUAAUUUGACAAGUACGUUUUCUUAAUGUGUGAAUAUAGCGAGCAUUCCAUAAAUAGGGAAAUAUUUACACACAUGAAAAAAUAUAAUAAUUUGAAGUCAUCGUGAUAGAAUCAAAUGCUUUAUUUGUUAUUUGAUGUGUGGUACUACAUUCUCAGCGUAUGAAUUCUCUUCAUUUUAACUUUUAGCAUACAUGAAUGUGUGUUGUUAUAAUGAGGAAAGUUUUAAAUGCUUGUAAGGA